CUCGACCCCCACGUGACAAUAGAGCACGCUUCGGUGAAGUUUGUCACCUGAUCUCACCGUCAUUGUUGCUGCUGGGAACACCUUGCAUUACAGGAAGUAGGCGGGGACCUCCAUGCUGUAAUCUAGGGCCCUUCGUGUUCCAGAAAAAAAGAUCAGCUGCCUAGCAGGUGAGCUCCAACCGUACGUGUACCACUUGGGAUGGACCAUGGCACCUCCACACGGCCGUCUGCACCGCCGGCCUACGCUGUGGCUCCUCACAGUAUGGACAGUGAUGGUUGCACAAUCCUCUACAACAGGUGACAUGCUGACAGGCUGCUGCAGUGGGAGGGGGGUGCCUGCCAACUGCCAGCACCUCUGCUCCAGGACAGAAGCAAUCACCUUGUUUGACUUCGUGACAUGCCACAGUCACCUCACUUCCGUCACUCACUGCCUUAUUGGUGGUGAGGACCGUACCCCGUGCUGUAGAGAGAGGAGUGUGCCAGACGUGUGCCUGGGCUUCUGUUCUGGGGACACGCUGAACAUGGACAGCUCACACCUCCCCUGUGUCCCACAUAUUCAGGACCUCACUACAUGCAUACAAAUGCCCCCUACUGAUGAUGUGCAUAUAUCCACUUUACCACCAAUGAUAUCUACUACAGCUGGGCCUAUGGAAACAUCAGCUCCCAGUUCUCCCAGAAACCUGACAGCAGAGACAGUGUCCUCAACGUCCAUCAGGCUGACGUGGCUGCCUCCUGUGUUGCACGCGGCUGACGUCACGGAGUAUGUGGUGCGUUACCUGGCAUACGGGACCAAUACCUUCCAGCAGACCACACAUCUUGCAACAAAUGGAAUGUCUGUUGUCCUGGGCAGCUUGGUUCCGAAUGCCACGUACCAGUUCCAGGUAGCAGCCAGGAGUCCAAAUGGCACCAGUCUGCCUUCUGAACCAGUGGUACAAACCACUGCAGGAGAUGUGGAUGGUAUUGGAUUGCCUGGUAGACCCAGGAAUGUGCAAGCAGUGCAGUUCACUCCCUUGUCUGUGCUGUUGUCUUGGGACCCGCCGGAACAGAGACCUGGCACUGUCACCAUCUACAUCAUCACCUACUGGAACACAGCAGAACUGCAGGCUCACACUGGGAUGCUGGAAGUCUCUGCAGCUGCAGCCGACAACACAGCUGUAGUUCACCACUUGCAGGAAGACACCACCUACCAUUUCCAGGUGGCCGCUCAAAAUUCCAAUGGGACUGGUGUACCUUCUGACAUUGUGCAGGCCACAACUGGAUAUGAACGCAUUCAGAACAUCAGCUUCAUGCUGGAAGCCAUCACGUUGGGGCCAACUGAGGUGCACUUGACUUGGACCCGUCCUGACAUGUUUCACGUGGCUGUCGUGGCAUACACUGUACUGUACCAUCCCUCAGGAGGCCAAACACAUGAGGAGAAGGUGAAUGGGAACACAACAACCCUGACUGUGCCAGACCUUACCCCUGGUACUGUCUACAUGUUCUCUCUGAUGGCAGCCAUUGUGACUCCAGACCUGUCCAUUGCAGUGGUGGAGUCAAACACUGUCAAUGCCACUACUCAGGCUGCUGACUCAGAGUCCAAGAUUUCGACAUCACCAAGUCCCGUAAACAUGAGCAGAAUAACUCCAACCUACCACCAGGGCUCAAGUUCACCGUCAAUCAGCACAACUUCCACAUCUGUCCCACAAACACCACCAGUACCUCAAACAUCAGCUGCAGUUCUCCCGACUAUCCCACCUACACCUACCCCCAACACUCCAGCCAAAGCAGACAGUCCUCCCACCCCAACAACCAUUGGUCAGCCAUCCACUAAAGCCACAACAACCACUGUUUCCCCUCCUGUUCCUCUUGAGUCCACCACAAGCAUGCGACCAGUUACCACAAAGGGGCCGUCCCGGGAACUGCCCUGCGGUGCCAGUCACAAGGGCUACUGUCUGAACGGCGGGCGCUGCUUCAUGUUGAAGUUAGAGUCAGACCACAUUUCGUAUUACUGCAAAUGUACCUCUGACUGGAUUGGUACCAGGUGUCAGAGUUCCAACAUCAUUGGAAACAACAGUCCCUCCACUGGGAAAGGAGAGAAGAACCAGACCGUGUCCAUCGCUGUGGCUGUAUCCGUGCUGAUUGUGCUGGUCAUUGUGGGGAUGGUCAUCCUCUACUACCUCAGGUCUUGUCUUAACAAGCACAAGCAAGCCCUGUCUGCAAGAGGUGACAGAAGCGAGGAGCUGGGAUCCUUCAACAACCCAAUGUAUGGGGAAGAGAAUGAACUUCAGUGCACUUUAAGCUCAGCAGGUGGCACUGCCAUCACACAGGUCUUGCAAUCUCUCAUGCAGGACUUCCACAAUUCAUUGGAUGAUGAAGGUUACACACCGUUGACCUUCGGUUCCAAGACGGGCCCGACAGUGUUUGAGUCACCGUUUGGUGAGGGUGAGACGUUAGGAGACAGCAGCACAAGUGGCUAUGACAAUGUCGGCCUGGUGGUCCCCAGUCGCAGUAGCUCCACUCAAAACUUCAACAACCCUGGAUAUGGACGUGUGGGGGACUCUAGUGUAGCUUGAAGUUGCAUCUAUGUGCAGCUGGUAACAACAAUGGGAUGUCGCUGUCCUUUGUACAGGACAUAGUGUGUGACAGCUAUAUAAAAGGUGAUUGCUGUCUUCUGAUAUACAGCUGUAUGACAGCUGAACAAGAACAGAGCAUUAAUAUCCCUUGGUCAUAUAUACUAGAUGCUUGGUGUAUGAAAAGAUGAACUAUAAUAGAAUACUGCUGGGUCUUAUAAAUACAAAUGUAUGACGUUAAAUUAGCAAGAGUAUUGCUGUUCCUCUAUUCAGGUGUAUGACAAGUAACAAAAGUGAGACACUGUGGUUCAAUGUUCAAAGUGACAUUUGAGUACUACAGUAUACACGUUACAUUUUCUUCCACCUCUGGAUUUACAAUAUACUGGUAUGUUGCAUAUUGUUUACAGCAAGGUCUAUUAAGUGGUGACUAUAUUUUUUUGUCAAUUUAUCUAAAAUCUUGUUUCUUUUUACUGUGUCAUAUCAAUCAUGACAAUCCAAAGAAUGUUGUGUUGUGUUGUGUUGGUGUAAGACUUAGUCUAAUACAACUCCAGAAAUAGUCCAGAAGAUUAACAUCAUCGUCUCUAUGCACAUGCACAUGUAGAUUAUAUAUGAACUUGAUAUGAUACAAUUCUUUCAUUGUAUUGCUGAUUUUAAAUAUUAGUAAGUAUUCUGUAUUGCAAACCCAAAGCACCAUACAGGAAAGCUACAGAUUGCCCGACUGAUUCAUCGAAUUAAGCAAUGUCAGUAAGUAACUCCCUGAAGAAUCAAGAACAAUGACUUAACAAAACACAAGUCAACCUGAAGACAGAACAUAUCAGAGUUUUAUUGAGAUUCACAAUGUACAUGUAGCUCAACAAAAAGCACUUUGUCCAGUUUGGUGUUGUAGACAGAGAAAGGAAGUUCAACAUGUACACAAUUGUAAUGUCUGAUGUAAGUUUCAAUACUGGCUAUCCUACAGCUACAUGUACAUGACAUGUGUAUACACAUGUAUGUACACGUUUGUGUCAUUCCAGGUAAGGUGAAAUUAAUACUUACAUGUACAGUAUUUGUGUUCUAAAUUUUUACUAUCAUGUAACAUGUACAUGUAUUAAAAAAGUAUGUAUAGUACUGCCACUCCGGAUGAUGAAUGAUAUAUUUCUAAGCAUUGGUUAUGUAACGCUAGAUUGAAGGAUUGAGAGUUUGAAUGAGUGAGUUUGGAGGUGUUUUAAUGUUAUAAUUGGCUGAAGCCAAAUUUGGCUUUGCAUCAUUUUAGACCCUCAUACACAGAUCUGUUACUUUAACAUUUUGAUUAUCUAUUUCUCAAGCUACUGGACACAUAGAGUUGUGGACUUGAGAGAGUAGUCUUGUUUGAAAAGUUUUAGAUGUUUUAUUUUAUUGACUAAAGUUUCUUUCAGUAUAUGUUACUCAGUUACUAAAAAAUGAACUGUUACAGUAGUUUUUUUAGAUUGUUUUGUGUUACUUAUUCAUUUCUGUCAAUUUCAUUCUUAGACAGUUGACACUUUGAGACCUAACCUUGUUUGUUGCUCUGUGUGCUGACUUAAAAUUGUCAUGCCUCAAGCAAGUUAUUUUAUACACAUGUUUUUACAUAUGUUUAUGAAGAUUAGAGAUAUGUUUAGAAAUGAAUAGCAUUUUUUAAUCAAUCUAUACCACUAGACAAAAUUGUGAAUUUACAGACCAUAAUGGCAGAAGUCAUUGGGAAACUGUAUAUUUAGAAACCUGUACUGUUGGGUCCUUUUUCAAGCACUGAAGAAGGAUGCCAGACAACAUCUGAAAGGUCUGUAAUUUCACAAUUAGUACGGUGGUAUGGAUU